AUGAGUAAAGGAGACUUUGAAACGCUUAUGAAAGACAGUAAGGAGGUCGUUCAUGAAUGCAAUAAUGAAAUAGUUCAUGAGAACAGUGAGGAGGUCAUACAUGAAUGCAAUGAUGAAAUAGUUCAUGAGAACAGUGAGGAGGUCAUACAUGAAUGCAAUGAUGAAAUAGUUCAUGAGAACAGUGAGGAGGUCAUACAUGAAUGCAAUGAUGAAAUAGUUCAUGAGAACAGUGAGGAGGUCAUACAUGAAUGCAAUGAUGAAAUAGUUCAUGAGAACAGUGAGGAGGUCAUACAUGAAUGCAAUGAUGAAAUAGUUCAUGAGAACAGUGAGGAGGUCAUACAUGAGAACAGUGUUGAAAUAGUUCAUGAGAACAGUAAGGAGGUCAUACAUGAAUGCAAUGAUGAAAUAGUUCACGAUGUCGUUCGUGAAGAAGCCAUUGCAACAAAGAAUGAGAUAAAGGAUUUCAUAGAACUUAACAAGGAGGAGUUUAAAGAAGGCUAUGAAGUGAAAAGAUGUGAAGAAGAUUUCUUGGCGUAUUUGAAGAAAAAGAGACUAAAGCCAAUGGCUCAAAAUAAGUUUCAAUCGAUGUUUGAAAAGAAACGUUUGAGCUAUGGUGGUGUAAGAAGCACAUAUUACUUUGUUAAGAAGUGA